CAGUGAAGUGUGAACAUUAAAGAGAAUGUGGAGGAGGAGUCCUCACCAGAGAGUGGUGGGGGUGGAUGGUGAGGAGAGAGAGAGAGAGAGAGAGUGGAGAACACGUAAGAUAUCAGCAACAUAGUGCAGAUAGCGAUGAACACUGGAUGAACAGAGACGUCACUGUGAAGAGUAUGAGCAUCUUAGCAGAGCAGGUCCGCUGGGAGUGUCGUUCCUGAUCCGAGAAGGAGCGCUGAAGCUUUUGGAUACUGUCCACCCAUCAUCUGCCUGAUUUCCAAGAUGUCUGAUUUUGAGGAUUUCGGCAAGUUGGGAGGGCAAGCCAACGUAUCUGAAAGCUACCAGCUGAACCCCACCAGCGUGAUCGUAUCGGUGGUCUUCUCCCUUAUAUUUCUGCUCGGCACCAUCGGCAACAGCCUGGUUCUGGCCGUGCUGCUGCGGAGCGGACAGCUCGGAUACAACACCACCAAUCUGUUCAUACUCAACCUGAGCGUGGCCGACUUCUUCUUCAUCAUCUUCUGCGUCCCGUUCCAAGCCACCAUCUACUCCCUGGAGGGAUGGGUGUUCGGCUCCUUCAUGUGCAAAGUGGUCCACUUCUUCAUCAACCUCACCAUGUAUGCCAGCAGCUUCACCCUGGCCGCCGUGUCCGUCGACAGGUAUCUGGCCAUUCGCUACCCGCUGCGCUCCAGAGAGCUACGAACUCCUUGCAAUGCAGUGGUUGCCAUGGUGAUUAUCUGGGGUCUUUCCCUGGUCUUUGCAGGUCCUUAUCUCAGCUACUACGACCUGAUAGAUUUCAACAACAGCACUGUGUGCAUCCCCGGCUGGGAGGAACAGAACCGGAAGGUGCUGGACACGUGCACCUUCCUGGUCGGCUACGUCAUCCCCGUGCUCAUCGUGAGUCUCUCCUACACUCGAACCAUCAAGUACCUGUGGACGGCUGUUGAUCCGUUAGACGGCAUGUCAGAAUCCAAAAGGGCCAAACGCAAAGUUACCAAAAUGAUCAUCAUCGUCACCGUGCUCUUCUGCAUAUGCUGGCUGCCGUACCAUGUUGUGAUACUGUGCUACCUGUAUGGAGACUUCCCUUUCAAUCAGACCACCUAUGCCUUCAGGCUGCUCUCCCACUGCAUGGCCUACGCCAACUCCUGCGUCAACCCCAUCGUCUACGCUCUGGUGUCCAAGCACUUCCGCAAAGGUUUCAAGAAGGUGUUCAGCUGCAUCCUCAGCAAAAAAGGGAGAAAUAAGGUUCACGUGGUUCACGUAGCCAACACUGUGCCCGGGUUUGAAGCAGGUUCGACGGAAGUUUCACAGAUGAACGAAGAGAACAUGCGGCAGAACGAAUGUGAAAUGACUAACAGGCCGACCGUGGAGCCGAGAGAAGCGACGGUGACCCUGAAUUUGCCGUUUCAGCAGCAGACUUGACAAGUGAUCCAGUCUGGCUGACAGUCUCAGUACAGAUGGCCUUAUGUGAAAGACAUUUCAGCUAAUAUUUAGAAACUUGUUAUCGUGAUUGAACAUUUUUGUGGCAAACAGGAAGGACACCAAUGAUUCGAAGAUAUAUAUGACUGGAGCAUAUAAAGUCCACAACUAAAAUGUAUUUCUUUCAUCAUGUCUGUAGGUUGUUAGUUGUCCAGUGCAAUCUUUGAAACUUCAGUGAAAAGCAGCUGGACUUCUCUUUAAGGUUUUUGAAGAUGUUUCAUCUCUCAACCAAGAGGCUUCUCCAGUUUAUCAUAACAAAUGUUCUAAACAGUUUAUGAGAAAGUUAGAAAGGUUCGUUUGUUUCCACUAUUUGCCUUAACCAUGGCUUGCACUUUUAUUCAAGCUGAAGUGUUUGUGUUUGAGAAUUCGCAGUAUUCUGACACUUUAAAGGGCAGCAAGGAAUGUCUCCCAUAAUGUUACAGUUUGUUUUCCUUUUUUCUUAAAUGGCUCCAAAGAUGUUCAAAGGUUGCCAGCUGUAGAGAUAAAUCCAUGUAAUUCAGCACCACCUGCCGUUUUGUUCGACAUCAAACUGCUCUGGCUGUUGGUUUUUGAUCACUGUACAGUUCAGGAACAUACAUCACAAGGAUUCCUCUUCAAAACAGUGCUUCUCCUCCGCCGAUGUGAAGCCCACCCUGUGCGACUUAUCAACAGACGACCCAUCACCCAACCACAGCAUCUCCAACACCAUGCUUACAUGCAGGUUUGAUGUUCAGGUAUCUUUCUUGUGGUAUUUUCCUUACAUUAACCCAACCGCAACUGUGAUCUUAGUUUUAAAUCUGCCAGUCAGUUAUUAAGGUUGCAGCUUUUGUGAGUGGCGCAGGGCAUUACCUUGGUCUGAUUGUUUUCUAUCUUGCAUGCAGAUGCUGUUCUGUCUUGUCAAGAUAUUAUUUGUAUAAAUAAAUGUGUUAAGUGAUGUAACACUUUGAGAAAAAUGUGCAAAACAGACAUUCAUACAGAUUUCAGUUUUAUCCCAGCACUGAAGAUCUCGAAGUUUGGACUGCAAUACACCCUGUUGUACAAACUUAAAUAAUCAGAUAACUGGAGAAAAAUGAUUUCCCUAAAUAAGUCCUGUUAAACUCUGGACACACUAUUUUUGCUUUACUUGUAUUUUGUAAUGAUUGUAUUCAUGGCAUGUUACAGUAUGAUCUAUUUAAAUUAAUAUGUUUAUCAACGAGUGCACUUAUGUAUUGCAGAGUAUUAUAGUGUACGUAUUUUGUGUAUUUAAAUAUAUGUGUUUAAAAAAAUGCAAUGAUAUGAGUAUAAUGCAUUUACAUACUCUACAGAGUGUUUCUCCAGGAUGAGAGUGAAUCCUCGGUAUCUCUCUGCAUCACUGUAAGGUUGUGUCCUACCUCAGAGCUGUAGAAAGCCUAUCUGUUGUGUUCUGUUCAGGUUGUGUAAGAUGCAAUUUUCGUCUCGAGAAAUGACGUCACGGAGGAUUCGUAGUUUUCAAACAGAACAUUUCCCCUUGUGCAAUUUUCCUCCAAUGUGUUUAUUGUGUAUUACUGUGCAUAUUCUGCCCAACCCCAUCAGUGGUAAAUACUUACAUAUCUCUGUUAUGUUUCACCAUGUAGAGUUUGAACAUCAUGUAGAUUUUAAGAAUACAUAUAUUUAAAAUGAUGUGCAUAAGAAUGUUUUACAACACAAUGUAACAGGCAUUUAAAUGACCAAAUAAACUAUUUUCUGCCAUA